AUGACAGUGAGGAAGAGAACAUGGCAAUCUUUCAUUCCAAACUGUUUGAAGGGUGAGAUCAAUCCAUCUCCCAAGCCAAAGAAAGUGGUUGGUAAACAAACUUCAUUUCAAAGGCUUUCUUUAUCGGAUUUGAGUUCUUCGGCUCUUUCGGAGGACCUCUCAAUUUCCCUAGCUGGAUCAAACCUUCAUGUUUUUACGCUUCAAGAGUUGAAGGUGAUCACACAGAGUUUCUCAGCGACUAACUUUCUCGGCGAAGGCGGGUUCGGACCCGUUCACAAGGGCUUCAUUGAUGACAAACUUAGACCUGGUUUGAAGGCUCAGCCUGUUGCCGUUAAGCUCUUGGAUCUCGACGGCUCGCAAGGCCACCGGGAGUGGCUGACAGAAGUAAUAUUUCUUGGGCAAUUGAGGCAUCCACAUUUGGUGAAGCUGAUAGGGUACUGUUGCGAAGAUGAACACAGGCUCUUGGUGUACGAAUACAUGCCUCGAGGAAGCUUAGAGAAUCAACUUUUCAGAAGAUAUUCAAUGUCACUUCCAUGGUCAGUGAGGAUGAAAAUUGCUCUUGGAGCUGCAAAAGGCCUUGCCUUCCUCCACGAAGCAGAAAAACCUGUUAUAUAUCGAGAUUUCAAAGCUUCAAACAUCUUGCUAGACUCUGAUUACACUGCAAAACUCUCUGAUUUCGGGCUUGCAAAAGAUGGUCCAGAAGGAGAUGACACACACGUUUCCACCAGAGUUAUGGGCACUCAUGGCUAUGCUGCCCCUGAAUACAUCAUGACUGGUCACUUGACCGCAGCAAGUGAUGUGUAUAGCUUUGGAGUAUUGCUCUUGGAACUUCUAACAGGGCGAAGAUCGGUGGAUAAGAGCCGUCCUCAUAGAGAACAGAACCUAGCAGAGUGGGCAAGGCCAAUACUAAAGGAUCAACGAAAACUCGGUCGGUUAAUGGACCCAAGGCUUGAAGGACAGUACUCUGAACUGGGAGCUCAGAAGGCAGCUGCAUUGGCUUAUCAGUGCCUAAGCCACAGGGCAAAGCUUAGACCAACCAUGAGCACUGUAGUAAAAACAUUGGGGCCUUUAAAGGACUUCAAUGGCAUCCCAGUUGCACCAUUUGUUUAUACAGUUUUAAGCAACCGUGAUUUGCAUAAAGAAAAUCCGAAGGAAGUUGAAGCUCAGAAGGAAUUGAAGAAGCAGAGCGGCCACCGCCACAAAAACCACCAACUCCACCAUGGCCAUAGGCAUCAGGACAGAUUGACAAAAUCUACGACAAUUUACUCAGAAACAGCACUACGCCAAAGUCUCAAAAAUAAAAUCAACCCACCUAUGCACCAUUGA